CCAGCAAAAGAGAAACUGUGGGACAAACCCUCCUGCAGAAAGCCCAGCUCGGUGAGCCCAAAAGCUCCUCUGCAGCCCGGCAGCAGAGCCCUCCAGCACCCCGGGAGAGUCCCAGUUUGUUUCCGGAUGCCUCAGACCCUCAGGAUGGCAAGAGUGACACAGAGUCUAUGGAAAACAUGAGACUGGAUAGCUACAGACCUAGUCCUGGUGGCGUGGGGGGCAGGAGUAACUCCCUGGAGAGAGCUGCUCCUCUCAGGGAUGUUAAACAGGUUGCUGCACCGGCAGGACCCGCUGCCUCCAGCCUGACCCUCCCUCUCCGCUCCAAAAACACGUUCUCCAAUGGACGGGAUGCUGCCGUGGGGAGCCGCAGCAGUGCCUUGGCAGACGAGCAUGAAGCAAUAUUCAAGAAGAAUCCCCGGCGGGUGGUGAGGCCUGCGGACUACACCAAGUCGGUGAUCGAUCUGCGCCCAGAGGACUUCGUGGGGGAAGGCGGCUCUUUGGGAGACAGGAGCAAGUCGGUCCCUGGCCUCAACACGGAGCUGGAGGAGGAGGAGGAGGACAUAGAUAACCUGGUGGAGAUCCAUCGCCAGCGGGUGGCCCGGGGCAGCAUGCGCAGUGGCACCUCCUCAAGCACACUGGGGAGCAUGGUCAGCAUUUACAGCGAGGCCGGCGACUUCGGCAACGUCGCCGUCACUGGGGGCAUCUCCUUCUCACUGAGCUACGAGCAGAAGAUGCAGACUUUGUUCAUUCACGUGAAGGAGUGUCGCCAGCUGGCCUACGGGGAUGAGGGCAAGAAGCGCUCCAACCCGUAUGUGAAGACCUACCUCCUGCCCGACAAAUCCCGGCAAGGGAAACGCAAGACGACGAUCAAACGCAACACUAUCAACCCCCUGUACAACGAGCUGCUGAAGUACGAGAUUAACAAGUCCCUCCUGCUCGCGAGGACGCUGCAGUUCUCGGUCUGGCACCACGAUCGCUUUGGCCGCAACACGUUCCUGGGGGAGGUGGAGGUCCCGCUGGAUGCCUGGAACUUCGAGAGCCAGCUGGAGGAGUUUCUGCCCCUGCACAGCAAGACUGGGAUGGAAUCUGCUGGUCACCAGUACAAGGGGGAGCUGGUUGUCUCCAUGAAAUACAUCCCAUCUUCCAAGCACCCUGGGGCUGGGAAUGGCAGGAAGGGCAAAACGGGGGAAGGUGGUGAGCUUCAGGUCUGGAUCAAAGAAGCCAAGAACCUCACAGCUGCCAAAUCUGGGGGUACCUCAGACAGCUUUGUCAAGGGCUACCUCCUGCCACACAAAACCAAAGCCUCCAAGAGGAAGACGCCUGUGGUGAAGAAGACCCUGAACCCUCACUACAACCACACCUUUGUCUACAACGUUAUCAACCCCGAGGACCUGCAGCACAUCUGCCUCGAGCUGACGGUCUGGGACCGGGAGCCACUGUCCAGCAACGACUUCCUUGGGGGUGUCCGUCUGGGGGUGGGCAAUGGCAUGAGCAACGGGCAGGCUGUGGACUGGAUGGACUCCACAGGUGAGGAGCUGAACCUGUGGCAGAAGAUGUGCCAGUACCCGGGCUCGUGGGCGGAGGGGACACUCCAGCUCCGUUCCACCAUGGCCAAGCUGAGGCCAUAGGCUGUGGCACCGGCACCAGGACUUGGUUGAGGGCUGGCACUGCUGCUCAGGAGCCACAGUCACUACACAGCCUGCCAGGGCUGCCAAUGGGGGUUGGUUGGGGUGGCUUUUUUUCUUAUACUUUAAUAAACAUGACCUUCUCUAAA